CAAGCAGUUUGGAACAACAAGUCUCUUUGGACUGAAAGUAAAAUAUCCAGUCCAAUAACUUGGUGGAAAUUAUAUUUUUUGAAUCGGGAUCUCGCGAAAUUAGCUGUGAUAAUAUUAAAUAUUCCGGCUACAUCAGAUGCUUGUGAAAGGAACUGGAGUGUCUUUGGAAAUAUAAAAACAAAGAAGCGUAAUCGUUUAAGCGUUGAGAAGACCGAGAAGUUAGUGUUUGUGAAGUCUAACUUAUGUUUGCUGGAUGAUGAUUGUUUACUGCAAGUCAGUAACAAGAAAAUACGAACAGCUGAGAUCUCAAAUGUAUCUUCUGAAACUGCAAUGAUCGAUUCAACAAUCGACCAGGACUUGGGUGUCGUUGAAGAAGCUGAAUAUUUGAAUUAUGAAGAGAUUAUGGACUGGGAAGUUGAUGAAAAUUGUAAUAUAGAAAUAAUAAGUGAAUAGAUAUUUGUAAAAGUCUGAAUGAUAAUAUUUUAAUGACACAGUAUUAUUAAUACAAAAAAAUAAUUAUU